AUGUCAAACCCUAUCUUGCGUCUUUCUCCUCAAAACGAAGCUACCUGGGCUUCAUUUCAUCGUCGAGUUUCAGGAAUACAUUACAAUUAUGACCAGCUAUUUCCUGAGACUGUCUUCCAGUUCUUAGAAGCAAAAGCUAAGUCCGUCGGCAGCUCCAUUGGUUAUCUGGUGCCAUCAUUGAUGACAGCCACCUCAUUUCUCCUCGGAAAUACUGACGCCCACUUCCUAAAUGGAAAUCACAUUCAGCCACUAAACCUAUACACCAUGUCCGUUGGUCAUCCAGGAACGGGAAAAUCACCUGCCAUAGAGACAGUGCUGGCCGCACUUCGAGACGUAGACACCAUCUCAAAGGAGACCCUUGUCAGCGCCACAACAUCGUCCGGACUUGUGAAAACCAUUUCCAAGCAAGGUAAAGCCUUUGUUGUCUCCCCCGAAAUAUUUGAUGUUUUGAACAAACUCCUCAAAAAUGACGAAGAUAACGCCACUGGUGACGUACAGCUGCUCUGCAAAUUAUGGAGUGGGGAAUCUGCAUCCUACCAUUUCGCGACAGAGGCUACGCGAGAAAUUGAAUCAAACACCGCGUUCUCCGAUCUUGGGUCAACCCAGAUCCAAAAUGCAGCGAUUCUUAUUUUUAGAAUGGACAAAGGCCACGGUCUUCUAGAUCGCUUCUUAAUUACUGUUCCAAACGCGCGAAAGCCGACACCGGAACAAGAAGAAGAAGGAACACAUUAUCUAGCAGACCUUCCCCUACAAGAUUUCGUGCCACUCUUCGCAGCAAUCUACGCCGCCCACAAGAACAUCACCAGAUCCUAUACAUUGGAUCCUGCCGCCGCACAGCUACAUAGGCGCCUUAAAACCAAUCAUGUGAACGCGGUCAACACUGCGAUUGAAAAUGGAGAAGUACCACCCAAAUCUAAAGGAACUGAUCUUGUCACAAGAGUUGCUGUGGCAUUGAGUACCAUUAGCUACUUCAUCACUGCCAUGUUGGAGGAGGAUCAAACACAUAGUCCACCAGAGCAAAUUACUGAAGAUUGA